UGAAAACCCCUUAUGGAGCAGAAGAAACAGAGAGCGAAGGGGAAGUGAGGGACAGUAACUGUAGCAGGGGAACAGAGCUCUGAGGUGAAAACAACAUCAAUCUACGUGUUUUUCUUAUUCUUUUACACGGGUCUGAUCAGUAGUGUGGCUCCAUGGCUCACGGCUGCCUCAAGUGUUUAAAGUACACCAUGUGUGUCACCAACUUCCUGUGCUUCAUGUGUGGUGUGUCAGUGUUGAGUUUUGGUAUCUACUUGAUGGCGAAAUUCCGAGUGGUUGCCCUCAUACCAGAGUUAGCUAACUUUAACAUUGCUAAUAUGCUGAUGGUCAGUGGAAUCAUCAUCACCUGUGUCUCCUUCCUGGGGUUUCUGGGAGCUUUGAAGGAGAACCGCUGUCUGCUCCUCAUGUACUUCCUGCUGCUGUUUCUCCUGAUGGUGGUGGAGUUGACAGCAGCCUGUUUGCUGCUGGUGUCUGAUGGAAAGAUUGAGUCAGUGGUUGAAGAGACGCUCGUCAAAGGUUUGGAGGAGGUAAAAAAUGGAAAAGCAAAGAAUUCAACAAUACUGAAUGAGUGGGAUCUACUCCAGAAGAAUUUUGAUUGCUGUGGAGUCAAGAACGAGUCUGACUGGGGAAACAAAGUUCCUACAUCCUGCUGCAAGAGCCAAUGUACAAUUCCCAGACCUCCAUUCAGAGAGAAGGGAUGUUAUAAAAAAUUGAAGAUAUGGGUGGAGGAUAAUUUUCUGACAAUAGGAAUCUCUGUCAUUGCCCUCUGUGUCAUUGAGGUGUUGGGAAUGUGUUUUGCUAUGACGCUCUACUGCCACAUCAGCAAAUCAGGGCUGGGGUACAAGUUAUAGAUAUAUAUAGAUGACGUCCACUUAUAGGACAAAGGAAUCGAACAAAGGAAGUUAUAUCAUUUGUGUUUUCCUCACACUGUCAACCUCUGUGUUUUUGUAAUUAAUCACUCUUUAUUGCAUUUACAACCUACAUUAUGUUUAUCUGUAGUGUCUAAAUAUACAACACAUCCUAUAUACACUGUGUGCACAAUUAUUAGGCAAGUUGUAUUUUUGAGGAUUCAUUUUGUUAUUGUACAACUACAGUGCUACUGUGUCUGGAAAUUUCUCCAUCAGUCUUGAGCACACUAGAUAUGAGAAGCAAACAGUUUCUUAAAGUGACAGUACAGCAUGAAGCAAUGAUAAUAAAUUAAAUUCUUCCAACACUUGGUCAAUCCAAAAUGUUAACAAACCCUCAAACUUGAACAUUUAAGUAGUAAAAGUGAAGUUUUGGCUUUCUUAAGACAAUUUCUACAUGUACACCAUUAUUAGGCAACUAUUAGUGUGCAGAAUUAUUAAGCAACUAAAUGAAAAACAAAGAUUUUCCCAUCUCACUUGUUUAUUUUUACUUGUUAAAGUGAGAAUAAUAAACUCAAAAUUUACAAAUAAACAUUUCUAAAAUUAAAAAAAAAAACCCUCAGUGACCAAUAUAGCCACCCAUUAUUUCGAUAACAGUCGCAAGCCUUCCAUUCACGGAGUCAGUCAGUUUCUUGAUGGUCAGAAUUAACUUUAUGUGCAGCCGCAACCACAGCCUCCCAGACACUGUUCAGAGAGGUGUACUAUUUAUCUUCACUGUCAAUUUCCUGCCUAAGAAGGGCCCAAAAGUUCUAAAUAGGGUUUAAGUAAGGUGAAGAAGGGGGCCAUGUCAUUAGUUUUUCAUCUUUAAGGCCCUUACUGGCCAGCCACGCAGUGGAGUACUUUGAUGCAUGUGAUGGAGCGUUGUCUUGCAUAAAAAUCAGUCUUCUUAAAAGAUGCAGACUUUUUCCUGUACCACUGCUUGAAGAAAGUGCCUUCUAAAAAUUUGCAGUAGGUCUGAGAGUUGAUUUUGCAUCCAUUUUCAAUCCAAAAAGGUCCAACUAGCUCAUCUUUAAAAAUACCAGUACCCUACCUCCACCUUGCUGGCGUCUGAGUUGAAGUGGAGCUCUGUGUCCGUUACUGAUCCAACCACGAGCCCAUCCAUCUGGUCACUCUCAUCUCAUCAGUCCACAAAACUUUGAAAAUCUGUCUUCAGAUAUUUCUUGGCCCAUUCUUGAUGUUUCAACUUAUGUGUCUUGUUCAGAGGUGGUAGGGUUUCAGCUUUUCUUAUCUUGGCCAUGUCUCUGAGAACUGAAUACCUCGUACUUCUUGACACUCCAGGUAGGUUGCAGUUGUGGAAUAUGGCAGCACUGGAGGUUAAUGGUUUCCUGCUAGCUUCAUGUUUGAUUCUUCUCAAAUCUUUGGCAGUAAAUUUGCGUCUUUUCUUCUCGACACUUUUCUUGCGACCCUGUUAAAUAUUUCCAAUAAAAUAUUUGAUGGUUCUGUGAUCACACCCCAAUAACUUAGAUAUGU